UUGCUGUUGCUGCUGCUGUUGGUGCUUGUCUGUCUCCAUAGUCUGCCAGUAUUACAGUAUUGUUGUCGCACCACCUCAAAAUGGCUGAGGCACUCAAGGCUCUUGAGAAAGUUUUGCUGCGCAUAGCCCCGUGGCGUAUGACAGGUGUCCGCAGCAUCCCUGAGUUUGAGCACUACCUUCCAAUGGGCCUGGAGUAUCGCAAGUUUAGCCCCGGCACCCAGCCUGUGAAGGCCGUCGUGCCCCAUGACUCUCCCAAGCUGGUGUACGACAUCAAGUACUUUGUGCGCGACUACCGCCGCAACAACAAGUACACGGCGCGCACGGUGGACGCCAAGACCACCUUCGACUUCGACAAGCUGUACGCCGGCAUGCCCACCAAGCCCGAGCAGGUCAAGAACGUGACGCGCCCGUUAAUCAUGCCCACCCGCGGCUAUUAAGUUGGCGGCAGCGUAAAACAUGUGUGAAUGGUAGGCAUUCCCUGGUGACGGGAGGUAUGCAAUUAAGGCUUACUAAGUCUUGUUGGUAGGUGUCACCCCCGGUUUGUGCGUGUUUGGCGAGGGGGUUUGUGGAGCCCGCAUGCGGGUCUCUGUGUAGUGGGAGGACAUCGCGGUUUGGCGCAUCGCUGGCUGUGCAUCACCUUGCGGACGCCCAGGAUGUCCGACUGAGGGUGGGGAGGCUGGGAAGGGGUGGGGAGAGCAAGGCGGGUGGGUGGGGAUCUUAAGAGGCGAGGGGGAGUGAAGUAUGCUGAGGAGGACGAGGUUAACGUAUACUGACAGGAGUUCUUAAGACGUGCGAGGCAGCUUGGGUGGAAGCGUAGCCGCUGGAGUGCACAAGCAAGGACGGGCUUUUGCUGUAAUGCAGUGCUCUC